AAGAAGGAGUUUGUUUAUUCUCUGCAUUAGCAAUUAGAGAGAAACCAGUUCAUCAAAAAUGUGGGAACUUCAAUCGGAUUGGUACUCCCCUACUCGCCUGAACAGCAACCCCAUUACCCAAUACGACUUUCCGGGAGAUCGGUUUAUACCCAAUAGGAGUUUGAUGGAUCUUGAUCAAGCCCGCAGUUUACUGUCAAACAGGACAACACCAAACCGGAACUCGAAUUUCAAUGAGGUGUACAGGAAGAGCAUAGAGGACAAACUGACUUUGGAUUCAGAAGGGAACCCAUUUAGGAUGUUGGUUUUUAGGGGAAGUCCAAAAUCAAACAGAAAGUCCAUUCGUUGUGUUGAUCUGAUGCGACAGGAUGAGGCAAAGGAAUUGGAUGGUAAUGGUAAACACCAUGAGCCUCGAAGAUUGCCUAAGGGGGAAGCUAGAAUUCUGGAUGCACCAAACAUAAGAAAUGACUUUUACAUGAGCACCAUGGAUUGGGGGAAGAACAAUGUCAUUGCAAUUGCUUUAGGCAAAGAUUUAUUCCUUUGGAACGCAGAGAACCGAGAGGUUCAUAAGCUGUUGCAAGUUGAUGAUCUGAAUGAUUUUCCAUCAAGUGUAGCCUGGUCUCAAGAUGCCAAAACUGUAGCAGUUGGAUUUAGGCGUUCAAAGCUCCAACUGUGGGAUGCUGAGACUUCUAAGCUUGUUAGAAGCCUAGAAAACCACAAGGACAGGAUAGCAAGCAUUACAUGGAAUGGCCACACAUUAACAUCCGGCAGCCGCGACAAGUCCAUCAUCAACCAUGAUGUCAGAGCAGGAAGCAAUGUGACUUGCCGUUUACGGACACACACUGAAGAAGUCUGUGGUUUGAAAUGGUCAGGAGAAGGCAAUGUAUUGGCAAGCGGCGGCAAUGAAAAUCUUCUGUACAUAUGGGACUCUUCCAAAAUGAACUCACAGAGAUUCUUGUUUCGUCUUAAAGACCAUCGUGCUGCAGUCAAGGCCCUUGCAUGGUGUCCUUAUCAGUCUGAAGUGCUAGCCUCCGGGGCAGGCACGAAAGAUGGGUGUAUUAAGAUAUGGAACACAAAAAAGGGAACCUGCAUCAAAAGCAUUGCUACCGAAGCUCAGGUUUGUGGACUGGAGUGGAACAGGCAUCACAAGGAGAUAAUGAGUGGCCAUGGCUAUAGUGCAAGCGAGCUCAUCAAGAAUCAGCUCUGCCUUUGGAGGUAUCCCUCCAUGGAAAAAGUCGGAAGCUUGAAUCGCUACACAUCCAGAGUCCUUCAUCUUUCUCAGAGCCCUGAUGGGUUAACUGUGGUAUCAGCUGUGGCAGAUGGCUCUCUUCGAUUUUUGGAGGUCUUUGGACCACCAAGCAUUGACAAAUCAAGGAUCUCCCCUCUGGAUGGUCUAUUGUCUCUUAAGAUUUCUCCCAUAAGAUGAUAUAUGAAUACAAGAU